AUGUGUGCAGAUCAUGUAGAAGAGAAGAGGGAACUCAUCCAAGCAAUACUCAAAGAUCGACAUCUUUCCAAUAUUCCUAAGAUCACACAGGUUAUUGAUUUGCCAAAAAAUCGCGAAUUUUUGGAAGAGCAUGUUGGGGAGAAUUCUCGACUAGUAAUCAUAAAAAAUGCAGGGCAUGCUGUGAACCUAGAGAAGCCCAAGGAAUUUGCUCAACACUUGAAAGCCUUCCUUGCUAAUUUCAGCUCCUCCUCACCACUUGAGAAGCAACACUCCUGCACCAACAAAGCAGAAUGA